UAUGACGUCUCAGUCUGCGACGGUGAAGAGUUGAAAGACCCUGCAGAGUGUAACCGAUACUAAGAUGCUAAUUGCACACUAACAUUACAGACAGGCAACGUUUAAUAUUUUCUCCUAAAAUGCGUAUUAUUUGUGCGUGGUAACAUCAUUAAACAGAGAUGUCGUGUUUUGGUGGUGAUCCCAAUUUCUGCCCAGAAUGUGGGAACAUUCUUCCUCUUCCAGGAAUGCAGGACACAGUCCGCUGUCCCCGCUGCUCCUUCUGCAUCCCUGUAACAGAGAUCUCGGGCCAUGAGAUCCGCUCUACAGUCAUCUUCAACCCUGUGGAGCAGUCGUCAGUGGCUCUAGAGGACGAGGAGGACUCUGAACUGAAGGGACCUGUGAUUGACAGACGCUGCUCUCGUUGUAAUAAAGAAGGGAUGAUUUACCACACCAGGCAGAUGAGGUCUGCAGAUGAAGGACAGACUGUCUUCUUCACCUGUGUAAACUGCAGGUAUCAAGAGAAGGAGGACUCCUGAAAAGAAAUCCAGCCCACCUUGUCCAUUCCCCCACAUGCAUUUGCUCUCAUGUCUGCCAGUGCUGAUUUCAGAUGGUUGGAUGCUUUCUCAACACAUGUAUAACACAUGGAGCAAACGCCUCACUGGGCCUUUCCCCCAAAGCUUUCAGUUGUGUCUCAGUCUUCACUCAGUUUUCUUGGAAGUAGUGUAGCUCACUUGUCAUAGAUGAUCUUCUACAGAUAAAAAAACAACGUGGUACAGCUGAAAGCUGCAGAAAGAGCUUGUAAGAUGACCAUAGGAAUUUCUUUUGUUAAACUACAUUUUCCAAGGUCAAGAAUGAAGAACUUUAAUGCUUUACAAAACUUGUUAAUUUAAGAUGUGACAUUUUUACAACUAAAAUUGUUUAUAAUAAAAUGUUGUUAAAGCUGCA